CAGACACUUAACGACUGAGCCACCCAGGUGUCCCAACACUGUUGUGUUUAAAGGGGUAAAUGGUGUGUGCCUGCAGAUUUCUGGGAGGACACAUCAUGAGGAGACCGCCUGGUAGGGUUGAGGGGGAAGCAGUAUAUAGAGAAUGCACCUUUUUAUCAUACAGCUUUCUAUAUUCCUUUUUUAACCUGGGAAAGUGUUGCUCAUACAGGUUUUUGUCCUGAACUUCCUUGGAAUGCCCAUUUCUGUCACAGCUUUAGCUCCACUUAUUUUUAAGUUCUCAGGAAGGACGGUCGUAAAGCUCUAACUAUAGUGAACCCUGUCUGCUCUGUUGACUCAGCAAAUAACUGAUUGAGCUGUGCCUGGGCUCCACCCCUCCCUCUGGAAUGUGUUUUCCCUGAAGUGUUUUCCCUUCUCUUCCUGUUCUUCUGACUCGGUUCUUCCUCUCCUACUCUUUCCUCCUUCUUCCCCCUUGUCUUCCUGUGUUGGAUCUUUCCAGAAGAUGUUGUGUCCGCACUGAGGCCAGUGUAAGUGCUGCUGGCAUUGGCAAAGCAGUAUCUUUCCUGGUGUCCUUGGUUUUACUAUCUUUCAUUCCCCAGGUUCACAUCAGUGUUGUAAUACAGUCAGUUUUGCCAUCCAAAGAAGCGAUGGCAGUGCUUUGGGGACAAACGACAAAGGAGUCGUGUGCAGAGCCCCAGCGUCACCACACUUCGCACGGUGCCAGUUCACAUGGUGCCAAAGCAUCACAUGGGCCCAGUCUGCACUGUUUUUGAUGUUUUUUUUAAAUAUCCUAUAGGACCUCGUCUAGAAUGGGACUUGCUGGGAAUUCAUUUUGUAAGGAAGGGAAGAAAGCAGUCUAUUUUCAGACACAGUGACUUAAAGAUCAUCUUAAAGGAUUGAGGCUUCUUCGAAUCCCCAAAAGCCAUGCGGGUUUACAUCCUUAAGGCCAAUAAGAAUAGUGAACACAAUUGGUUUGAGAGGGUUCUUCAUCUGGAUGGUAUACCGGGAGGGGCCGGGAGGAGCCAACCUGGCAACCCAACACGCAACAACCCAAUCCUGGGGCGGACCUCACAGCUGGAAUUCCCAGGAAUGCCUCCGUAGGUUGGUCCUUAAAUAAAACAAUAAUCUAUCCAGUAAAGGGCUUUCAUGAAGAAAUUAACGAGAGAAAUUACAAGUAAGAGAGAAACUAGGAAUUGUACAUUGAAGAAACCAGCUCAAACAACUGUAUGGAGUAAAACAAAAAGAGUGAAUACAUCUGGAAGAAAUUUUACUUAGUAUAUUUUUGCCCACCUUUUUGUCAUAAAGGCUGCUAAGGAAGAGAGAAUACAGUUUUCUAGAGAAAGAACGAAUGUGAUGUAAAAAUGGAAACCACGGUUUCUGAAAUUCAGGUUGAAAGCAGGGAUGAGAAGAGACCCACAGAAGUUAGUCCUCAAGAUGAGAGGCAGGAGGGAAGAUCAUCAAUGCUUUGCUUCAAGAGAAGAAAGAAAGCAACCAAAACGAUGAAGCCCAGAGCUAGCUCUGAAGCUGCUGGUACGGCAGGAACGCGUCCCCCAGAAGCAGGAGCUUCCGAUCAGCCACAGCCCCCAGGCGGGGCCUGGGCCUCAAUCAAACGUCUUGUAACACGCAGGAAAAGGUCAGAAUCUUCAAAGCAGCAAAAGCCCUUUGAGGCUAAAGUGCAACCUGAAAUCAGUGCUGAGGAUGCUGAUCUUUCUAAGAAAAAGGCCAAAUCUGGACUUAAGAUUCCCUGCAUAAAAUUCUCAAAAGGAGAGAAAAGAAGUAAUCAUUCCAAGAUUAUAGAAGACUCAGACUGCAGCAUCAGAGUCCAGGCAGAGGCUGAACAUGUGGAUACAAAAGCUCCGGCCCAAUCAGAUGAGCAGGCAACAAAAACCGAGUUGCCCCAGGAUGUAAGUAAAGACGGCUCUGGGAAGGGGGGUGAUGAGGCUUGUGAACCAAAUGUGAGCAACAGCACAACUACGGCUGGAGAAAAAGUGAUCUCAGUAGAACUUGGGUUAGAUACGGGGCACUCUGCCGUUCACCCAGGAACAUUAAUCCUUGAAAGAGAUACGGAAACAAUUGAGGAAAAACAAAGUAUUCAACCCCAGCAAGCAAGCCCACUUGAAACUUCUGAAACAGAACAUCAGCCUCCAGUGGUUUCUGAGGUUCCUCCCUCACCCACAAUCCCAGAUCAGCAAAUUGUGGAAGAUGCCGGAAGCAAGGUCCUAGAAAGUGGACCAAAUUGGGAAGAGCACGAAAGUAGAGAGAUUGUAGCCGAAGAGAGUGAGCCAAAAGGUACUGAAUUGAGCCAGGAAUCAGAGCUGAGAGAAAAUGAGGUCACUGCAGAAAAACCCAAACCAGAAGAAAGCAAAAGAAUGGAGCCAAUUGCUAUUAUUAUUACAGACACUGAAAUCAGUGAAUUUGAUGUUAAGAAAUCUAAAAAUGUCCCUAAGCAAUUCUUAAUUUCAAUUGAAAAUGAGCAAGUGGGGGUUUUUGCUAAUGAUAGUGGUUUUGAGGGUAGAACUUCAGAACAAUACGAAACACUCUUAAUAGAAACAGCUUCUUCUCUUGUCAAGAAUGCUAUCCAGUUGUCGAUAGAACAGCUGGUUAAUGAAAUGGCCUCUGAUGAUAAUAAAAUGAACAAUCUUCUACAGUGACUUAAUUUCCAGAUCAUGGGAGGGGAAAAAAACAAAAGCUUCCUGCUAAAUUAUUUUGCAUAUUUGUGGCAUUUUGCAUUCAGUUACAAAUGAGAGGCUAUCAUCUGUGGAAUUUACAGGUACAGUUCCAGCCCGGAAGUGCUAAAGAAUUAAGUAUGUAAAACUCUCCUACCACGGAAGUGCAGUCACUUCUGGAUUUUGGAGGAAGUUAGUAAAGAUCACAAUGGAAGUGACAUAUGGGGAGUAGCUAAAAUGACAUGUGGUAGUUGGGGUGCUUAGGAGGAGGAAGUGUGUUUAUUGAGCACUCAUGGUAUGCCAGAAACUCUUUAAUAUUCUCUGAUGUCACAAAGCCUUGUUACCUUUUGAUAGUUUAAUCCUGUGUAUAGGUUAACAUCACAUUGGAUUUUCAAAAAAAAAUUUUUUACAGUGCACUUUUAUGUUUAAAAUGGUGAAUAAGGUGAGCUAUUUUUGUGAAUGUGUGAUUUACAGUUGUUAAACUCAUAGGCAGUAGUCUUACCUCAAAAAAAAAUAUUGCCUUUUCCUAAUUUCAGCAGAAUGUGCAUAUUUGAAUCAAAUAUGAGUGUUUUUCUUGUCUUGCUUAGAUACCGUACAAAGCCAUUCAUAAUUUAUUUCAAAUAGGCAAAUAAUUACCAAGUGCAAAUGUGUGGAAAUGGGCCGUGCAUUUUCCCUCUCCGUCUUUCUGCCUCACAUCCAUUUCUGCAUGGGGUCAUCUGCUGAAAAGUUAGAGACAAAACCCAAAAAACUAAACAACAGCAACAGCAAAAACAGGAAGAGUAAAAUGCUGUUUUCCAUCCAGGAGAAGGCAAAUUGCCCAAGGAAAAUAUGAUCACAGAUAACAUAGGAUUCAUCUUGCAGACCACUUUCAUCCACCUCUCCCCAAAGAGGGAAUUUAUAGCCAGCCUUGCAGUUAAAGUCCCAGGAAAUCAUAACAACUUAGUGAAAAUACUCUUCACUUUUGACCAAGAAUGAGCCAAGUUCAUGGUUGAAUAGAAAGUGAAAAAUUAUUGUUAAAGCACAUUAUAUUUUAAAUAUCAGUAUUCUCUUGUUGUGCCUAUGUGUCAACAGACACCGGUAACCUACAUUUUACAUGGAUUUUGAUAAAUAACUUUUUCAUCAGUAUGUUCAAUCCAGUUAAUCCCUUACCAAAAAAAAAAAAAAAAAA